AAUUACGUCCAAUUUAUAUUUGUGUCGACAUUAUUGACGUCCAAAACAUUGCGAGUAUUUGAUUGACAUAUCAUUUGUUGUUUAGACCAAACAUUUCGGUAAUUGAUUUGAUGUCCACAUCGCUUGUCAUAUCAGUAGACAACCCGUGAGUUUUACCGGCGGGCGCACACCGGUGGUCAAUCAGAUCGGUUGGACACAGAAGUGGCGCCGCAAGUAUGUCGGACCCACACAUCUGCGACAACAGCGAUCUGAUCGAGUUGUGUCCGCAACUUGAUCUGUAUCUCAAACCGCACGCCAAACUGACCAUUACGGUGACACUGCCGACAUUGAAGGUAAUGGACAAUAGCGGACAAGUGAUGACCAUUAGUACGUGGGAAGUGAUGGACAAACUAAAAAAGAAAGUCAAACCACUAAAGUUUAAGACAUUAAAAGUCAGUAAAUCUAACAUUGAGUUCAUCCGGUUUGAGGCCGAAUGCGAUUCACAGCACAGUCUCGACCAGACUGAGGCCAGACUUAAUAAAGUAUCGCUGAAAUUAUCGGGUUUUGCCCAACUAUUGUUGGUUAAGACGGCCAGAGUUAAGAUAGGAUCAACUCGUCACGAAUGGGAGACAUUUUUUAGAGAUAAUCAGCACAUGAAUGAAAUGAAGGCCGGGUGCAGACCCGACACACUUUAUAUACAGUCAUUACCAGUCAAAUGGUUUGGCGGUGAGAAACCCAGUCCUAACCUAUUAGUUAAAGUUUUCGGCAUAUUUGGUGACAUACGAAGAUUCCAUAUACCAGUUCUCGACAAGAAAGAUGAAGAGGACGGCUUUAAACGUUUUAAUUUUAGUGAGAGUCUUAGUUUUGAGGCAUAUCUACAAUACAAGGAUUAUAUUAGUUUUGUCAAAGCCAUGGAUGCACUGAAAGGAAUGAAAUUAGUGAAGAAAUUGACUGAAGUGAACAAUAAGAAACACAAUUAUCUCGAAUAUGAUAUUAAUGUCGAUUUUGACAAAACUAAACAUUUGAGUGAUAAAGCUAUCAAAAAGCGAAGACUUGCCAGAGAUUAUGGUAUAACAUCUGCUGUUGAACUGAAGAAAUUGAAAGAUGAGACUAAAAGACAAAGAGAAUUACGUCAGCAGAGGAUCGAUCUGUUAAUAGAACGCAAAAAGACAGCGAAGACUAUUUUGACACAUUUGAUGAAAGCUGUCGAAGCAAAAGUAAGGGUAAAGAAAACAGAAGAAGAACAUCAAUCAGCUGAACAACGAAUCAAAGACAGGUUACUCUUAGAAGAAGUGAAACUUAGAGAAAAACUACUCGAAAGACGACGUGAAAAGUUGAGAGAAGAGGCAAAAGGAAAACUCAAAAGUGUGGCUAACAUUAAUGUCUCCAAUAAUCAGACCAAUAAUAAUAAUGACAUAAAUAACACAUUGAUUUGUGAACCAUUCAACCCAACGUAUAAUCAUUUAGUAAAUAAUAAUAAUAACAAAUCGUAUUCAUAUCACUCAUUUCGUCGCUAUUCAAACAAUACAUAUAUGAAUAACCAUUACUUAAACUAUCGGCGCUUCCUUUACCUGAAUCAUCAUAAGAGACCACUUCAUUAUCCAUCUAUCAAUGAGGAGAUGCCGAUGACGACCACUGCUCAUAACGCUAAAGCAUUGUAUAAGAAACAUAAGAAAGGCUGCAAACAUUAUAAAACGAAAAGUGUUGUCACCAUUAAACAGAUCAACGAUACGGUAGUAACAAAUUGAUAAUAA